AUGUAUUCACAAUUCUGGGCAAUCUUACUAUCAUCACAGUGGUCACUUUGGACUCCUUACUCAAUACACCGAUGUACUAUUUUCUUACGUAACCUCUCUUUUCUUGAAAUAUGUUACAUAUCUGUCACCCUCCCCAAACUGCUCCAAACGUUUGUGGCCAAGAAGAAGACAAUUCCCUUUUAUGGUUGCUGUGCACAGAUGUAUUGCUUUUUCACCCUUGGUGUCACUGAGUGUUUCCUCCUAGCUGUCAUGGCAUAUGAUCGCUUUGUAGCAAUCUGCAAUCCCUUGAGAUACUUUUCAGUUAUGAACAAAACUACAUGCUUAAAAAUGGCUACUUUAUCUUGGCUCUCUGGCAAUCUAAUUUCUCUUGGCCAGACUGCCUCUAUCUUUUCUUUACCUUACUGUGGUCCCAAUCUUAUCAACCAUUUUUUCUGUGACAUACCCCCAUUGCUGAAGCUGGCCUGCACAGAUGUUAGAGCUAAUGAGAUUUCAGUUUCCGUCACUGGCUUUUUAGUACUACCCACCGCUACCUUUUUCUCUAGUGCUUUAUUCUUAUGCACUAAUACAGGGAGGAAAAAGGUUUUUUCAACCUGUGCCUCUCACUUUGUCUCAGUUACUUUGUUCUUUGGGACCGGAGCUUUUACAUAUGUACGAGUCAAGACCAGUGAUACCCCAGAUAAUGACAAAUUAUUGUCUCUGCUCUACAGUGUGAUAACUCCUCUGCUAAAUCCUCUCAUAUAUAGUUUACGAAAUCAGGAAGUAAAAGGGGGACUUAAGAAAAUUUUGUAUAAAAGUGAUAGUAUUAAAGAUGCAAAACCAUCUGCAAAAUAA